AUGCCUACAAACGAAGAAAUCCUACAAGAAGCUUGUGAUAGGGUACGACAGGGCAAAGCUCUAACGAGCAAGAUGAAGAUGCUCCUGGGGCAUGCGGCUCUCGAGCGUAUGGAGGAGAUGGAGAUAGAGGCUUCUGCUCGUGCUGUUGCUGUUGGCGUUUAUGCUGGGGAGAAGAAGAAAGAAAGGAGGAAGAAGAAGUUGGAGAGGAGAAGAGAGGAGAAGAAGGAAGAGGCGAGGAAUAUGGGAAUUGAUGCUAAACUCGCAGGCGGUCUCUCGGCAGUGGGUUUGGAGGGGGAGGGAAAGGAAGACGGUGCGAGUCGCAAGACUCUGUACCGAGAGAUGGUUGGCGAUCGCGUUCUGGAGGAUGCAUUGGUUGGGGGCCGGGAGAUGGAAGUUGUGAUUUGUGGGUCUGCUUUUGCAGCCACUGAUGAGGAACAAUAA